CUCAGCUCCUCCCCUAGCUGUCUCUUUCUCUAGGAGUGUCUUUGUCUGGGUGUCUCUCAGAUCCCUCAGACAGCUGCACAGAGAGGACCCAAGAGACGUUUCUCAGAGAGGCCAGACCCCCAGAUCACAAUCUGGAGAUGUCGGAGUUACAAGAAGUUCAGAUUACGGAUGAGAAUGCUCUUCUGCAGGAUCCCUUAAAGGCAGCUGAGCUAGCAGCAAAACUACUUCAAGUGCAAGAACAGAAACAUUCUAUCGAAACUCCCUAUGGGAUGGUGACAGUCACAAUUCAGGGCUCCCCCAAACCCAAGAGGCCAGCGAUUGUAACAUUCCAUGAUGUGGGGAUGGACCAUAAAUUGUGCUUUAAAUCGCUCUUCGACAACGAGGACAUGUAUGAGAUUGUGAAGAAUUUUGUUGUGUGCCACAUUGAUGCUCCAGGACAAGAGGAGGGGGCUGCUGUCUAUCCUGCUGGGUACCAAUACCCGUCACUUGAUCAACUGUCUGAAACCAUCCCAUGUGUGCUGCAAUACCUGAAUUUCCCCAGCAUUAUUGGGAUUGGUGUUGGUGCUGGUGCGUACGUCUUAGCCCGAUACACGCUUUGUCAUCCAAACACAGUGGAAGGUCUAGUUCUCCUUAAUAUUGAUCCAAAUGCCAAAGGCUGGAUGGACUGGGCAGCACAUAAGCUUACAGGCCUCACUUCAUCCAUCCCAGAAAUGAUUCUGUCACACCUCUUCAGUACAGAGGAGCUUUCUGGAAACUCAGAUGUUGUGAGUCAGUACAAAGCCGCCAUUUUGAACUCUCCUAUUCUCAGCAACAACCAUCUGUACUGGAACAGCUACAACAGCCGCAGAGACUUGAACCUGGAACGUGGUGGAGAUGUCACUUUAAAGUGCCCUGUGAUGCUAGUAGUUGGUGAUCAAGCUCCUCAUGAGGAUGCAGUGGUGGAAUGCAACUCAAAACUGGAUCCAACCCAGACUUCAUUCUUAAAGAUGGCAGACUCUGGUGGACAGCCACAGAUAACACAGCCUGGAAAACUCGCGGAGGCUUUCAAGUACUUUGUGCAGGGAAUGGGCUACAUCCCCCACAUUCUGGAUAAGAAGCGCAGUAUGGGUGGCAUCCUCCUGCAUGACUCGUCUGUCUCGCUCCCGCACCGCCUCUCUAUCCAGCGAGGGGAAUCGCUCACGCUCUCGUACCCUGUCACAGAGCAGCGAGUCGGGGGGAGGACCAACAGGAACAUUCACGGAGGUGACCUGCUGAGAAGCCGUGACGCUGGGGACAUGUGAUCAGCCCCGCUCUGUCUGAGGGGAAGGCAUUUUAGCAGAGCUAAUUAGGAAACUAAACCACAAACCCAGAUUUCACAUGAGAGAUAAGAUGUCUGUACCUGUCUUUCUUUCUCUCCUAUCGCCAGAUUUGUAUUAUCCCUUUUUCUGAUCACUUUGCCUUUUCUUAUUUUAUACUUACAAUUCAUAUACUUGUGUAAAAGAUUUGCAGGGUUGCUUAUUUUGUAGUAGCAUACAGCUGAAUACACUAACCCGAGAUCACAAGGGAUAUUUAGGUAUCUAAUGUUACCUUUUUCUUCAGCAUAUUCUGUAAUUGUUUUUUCUCCUUUCGUUGCUCUUGAUCUCUCCAAAGCCAGGCAGACUACAGAACAGUUCUUUACAGUUCCACCUCUAUGUAUCUCUAAUGCAUUGUAUUAUCCUAAAAAGCCCUCCAUGGCACAUUAUAACUUGUAAUGUGGGAUAGCUUCAUCUCCUAUCAUUAUGCCCAAGAGGAAUUGGGGGGGGGGGGUGUUCUCAAAGGUCCAACCACUGGAAUACUUACAUUUUUGAGGUCACUGUAAAGAUUGCAGCACACAAUAGAGAACAGUGCAAAAUAAGACAUUCAUGCUAUUAAGAAUCUUAAAGCUGCUGUCUUUAAGUUAACUCUCUUUACAUGCUUUACCUUGAAGUAGUAGUGUUUGAUGCCUUUUUUUUUAAUACUUUGCCAUAACUCUUCUCCGCUGCCACUUGCUCAGGGUUGCUUCCAUGAGUCUUAGGGGGAGAUUUUACAAGACUAGUAUUUGCUUUUCAGUUGUAAAACAUGUAGAUAAAUCACAAGGUAGAUGCAUUUUUAAUUUUAUUUUAAUAAACGUGUAGAUUGGUUGGGGACAUGUAUAGUUAUAAGAUUAAGUGUCACGUACUUCCAUCCUCAUUCAAAAUAGUGUCCUACCAGUAAUGGCCCCACUGUAGACACAAGCCGGAGAUGUCCCUAUCUAUCAUAAUUUCUAGGUGUAAUAUCAAUGAAACCUAAUAAUAAAUGUUAGAAUUGGAUUUAGGAGUAAUAUAGAGGACAUUAAUAAUUUAGCCAGUUAUCCGCUACUUUUUAAAUGUAUCUAAAUUUUUAUUAAAGGCUACGGUGUUUUGUUUUUAGCUAGAGUAUGCUAAUUUAUGCCUUGAUCAAGAUCAUGAACAGCUCAGUAUCACUAGUGCUAACUGCAAGCCGUGACUUCAAGAAAACAAUCAGUAUUGUACUGUGGUCAUUGUGCCAACCAUACACUGUUUCACUACUUCGCCUUGAGCGUUUCUCACAACGCAUAGGAAUAUGUAUGGACACAGAUUUUAAGACUAUUGUCAGAAACAUUAUGUACCAUAUGGGCUUUCGCUCAAAGGCAGAAGCUACUUCAUCAGCUAUUUAUACAUAAAAAAUAAGAUCUGGAAGUCUUGCGAGUUAGAAUGGGAACCUUGUUUCUCUUACUGUUUAAUAAAUGAGAGCUGCUGAAUUGUAGCCAAGCCUAGUGCGGAAUGCACCCAACAUACUAAUGCAGGCAUGGUAAAUAGUGGGUCCUUCAAUCGAUACAAAGAGCAAGUAUACUCAUCAUUUAAGCACUGUUUCCACAGUCUUGCGCUGGCCAUAUAGAGUAGAUAAUUGUGAGCCGAUCAACAGACAAUCUACUGUGUCUCCAUAUGGUAAUACAAUUGCUUGUUGAUCUGAGCAUUUGUUUAUGGGAGGUUACUCAGUUAUCUAAAGUGCAAGGCAUAACCUGUAUGUUCAGGGUUAUAUCACACAAGUUGAAGACGAGCAGCAAAUCUGAUGCGGUCCGUGUGCAUCUCACAGUCUUCAUGAGACCCAUAGAGAUGAAUGGGUCUGUGUGCAAUCUGCAAAAAAAAAAUGCGGAUCGCACAAGGCCAAAAAAUAGUCGUAUGCAUGAGUCCUAAACCUGUGACUCUACAUAGAUUUUAAUAGUCUUGAGAUUCUGUUUGAAUGAUGCAGUAGUCUUCCACAGGCAUACCCCUAUGUGUCCGAGUUUGAGAUGCUGUUUUGCAUAGUUGAUAUUUUGUGAUUCUGGCCCUACUAAAAGGUUACUCAAUCUCAAAAAAUGUAUGUUUUUAGGUUUGUAUAGAGAAAGGCGCGCUACAUCACGUUUUAAUUCUGGAUGUUCUGAAGAGUUGGAUGUAUAGAAGGGGGCAUUCUGUAUAGGAUUCAUUUUGUUGUACUCUUAUAUUUUUCUGUUUUUAGUUUUUUUUUUUUUCCUCACACUGUAAAAUAAAAAUAUUAAAGAAC